UCAUCUCUCACCCAACACACACACACACACAGAGAUGUUGAGCAACAAACAAGUGGUGCUGAGGGAGUAUGCCGAAGGUGCUCCUAAAGAUUCGGACAUGGAAGUCAUCACGAACAACAGCAUUGGAGCGAACGUACCGCAAGGUUCGAAUGCAGUGCUGGUGAAGAACCUCUACUUGUCAUGCGACCUUUACAUGGGACAUCUAAUGCACAAAACACAAGGAGGACUAGACAUUUUCACUCCCUACACUCCUGGUUCUGUAAUAAUGGGUUAUGGAGUGGCUAAAGUAAUGGAUUCAGGGCACCCAAAUUUCAAGAAGGGUGACUUGGUUUGGGGAACUACUGGAUGGGAAGAGUACAGUCUUAUUACGAAGCCUGAAGGCCUCUUCAAAAUUGAUCAUACUGAUGUACCACUAUCAUAUUACACAGGAAUUUUGGGUAUGCCUGGCAUGACUGCUCAUUAUGGGUUUUAUGAGAAAUGUGCACCCAAGGAAGGAGAAUAUGUGUUUGUAUCAGCAGCAGCAGGUGCAAUUGGUCAGCUUGUUGGCCAGUUUGCAAAACUAAUGGGCUGCUACGUUGUUGGAAGUGCUGGAAGUCAGGAAAAGAUUGAUCUGCUGAAGGAUAAGUUUGGAUUUGACGAGGCUUUCAAUUAUAAGGAAGAGCAAGAUUUGGAUGCAGCGUUGAAAAGGUGCUUCCCGGAAGGCAUCGACAUUUACUUCGACAACGUCGGGGGGAAGAUGCUGGAUGCAGUGCUCCUCAAUAUGCGAAACCACGGCCGCAUAGCUGUUUGUGGAAUGGUCUCCCAAUACAGUCUUGAGCAGCCUGAGGGGGUGAAAAACUUAAUGCAUGUUGUGUUCAAGCGUGUGCGAGUGGAAGGAUUCGCCGUUAUCGAUUACUUUCCUUCCUACUCCAAAUUUUUGGAAAGCAUCCUGCCUUAUAUCCGAGAAGGAAGAAUUUUCUACGCUGAAGAUGUCGCGGAAGGCCUUGAGAGUGGCCCCUCAGCCCUUGCCGGACUUUUCAGCGGCCGCAACAUCGGGAAACAAGUGGUGGUUGUUGCUCAUGACUGAUUCACACUCUCUUCCCAUUCUGUACUUCUAAGGCCCAAAUAUCACUGUUUUUGUGGCCUUCCUCAUAUUGGUUAAAGCAUGCAUCUCUGUAAAGUUCCCAUUAUCCAAGGGUCAAAUGGGUCAAAUAAGCAUGGAAUGUCCUAAUGCUAGUGUGCUGUAUCAAGUAAAUUGAAGGAAAUAAGAAGAGGUGUUGCUUUCC